AUGCUGUGGAUAGGGUGUUGCCUCCUGAUUGGCGUGCCCAUGUCGUUUGCUGGGAUCAGAGGAUGGAGACUCACGACCGGUGCUGGUAUAGGCCUUUCAGCAGGGGUUUUAUCCUGGGCCGCUAUCAUAAACAGCAUCAACAAUGACGGCUUGUCUGACAUCGUGCUCACGUCAAUCAUUCUUGGUUUUAUCUUCCUGGGCUUUUGUUUGGGUGCAUUCGAGUUUGCACGCCUUGGGGGGAUCAUCCUUAUCGUCCUCAAUGGUGGCCUGUCGUUUGGCAUCAGAAUUGUGUUGUUGAAGGAAGGGUUGCUAGGCGGGAGCUCGCUCCAUGUCAACUGGGCGAUCGUUAUCGUGUUUCCCAUACUUGCGGGGCUAUCGAUGAUAUGGAAGCAGAGGCCUCCUUUGCAAGACGGCAUGAGUCGUGGACUUCGCUACUUGUUUGACCGCAACACGGCUCAUCUGGCAUCCACAGACCAAUGCUUGCUACCGCCCAGCACUAUAUUUCGAAAACCAUUCAAUCGCCACAAGGGUCCACCGAGUGAUGCGGAGCUCGCCAUUAAUUACCCAACUCCCUUCGAACAAAAGAAAGUUUCAGACUUCUUCAUUGACAUGUGGCACCGGGGGAGCGCUGUCUUGGAAAAACACGACAAUGGUAGUCGAUUCAGCCUAUAG